AUGAACUCACCAUCGCCGCCGUCCGCAGCCCAUCCGCCACCACCACCACCUAACCCAUCCAAAACAGCUGCUUCCCCACAUGGGCUUUCCUUGAUUCCAUUGAAGAAAGAACCUUUAUCGGACGAAAAGGUAUUUACCACACCUCCACCUCCGCCGCCAAGGAGGUCGUCCACCAAGGACCGCCACACAAAAGUGGAGGGUAGGGGGAGAAGGAUCCGAAUGCCGGCCACCUGCGCCGCACGGAUAUUUCAGCUGACCAGAGAACUUGGCCACAAGUCCGACGGAGAAACAAUCCAGUGGCUUUUACAGCACGCUGAGCCCUCCAUUAUUGCCGCCACUGGCACCGGUACCAUUCCGGCCAUUGCUAUGUCAGUCAACGGUACCCUCAAAAUCCCCACCAACACCAUCAGCACCGUCACCUCCGCCGCCGCCGCCACCAACACCUCAAUCCCAAAUAAACGAAAACUCCCUUCUGAUUUCGACAUAAACCGAAACGAAAACACUCCAACCACGGUUACCACCUCCGUUCUCGCUCCUCUCAUGACAACAACCGCACAACCUCAAUCUUUCAUCCCGGUAUGGGCCAUACCCUACAACGGAACCGCCGCGUUUUGGGCGUUUCAGCCUUCUACAACUCCAUUUCUUAACAUCUCCGCCACACCAAUCUCAUUCAUUACCUCCGAUGACCAAAAACCAACAGUCCAACACCAAUUAACACAACACAUUUCACAACCACUACCUCCGCCUCGGCAACUACAACUACCACAAAUACUCAAUCUUUCACAGAUUUUCCGAUGA